AUGGCAGAAGAAAAGACACAGAGAAAACAGGAGAUAAGCGCGCAUCUGUACGAUCUUCCUCUGGUGAAAAUGGAGCUCGAUGAAGUGCUGCAGGAGCACCUGCAGGGCGCAGAAAAGUACAAGGAAAACACCAGAAGCACCGAUGUACGCAUAGCAAUAGGUACGGUAACCGUGGCUCUGACUCUCCUCGCCCAUUAUUUUUCGAAGAAUCUUAGCGCCCCGUGGUACAAAACAGGGCUGUGUCUUGCCAUAGGGUUAUUUUGGGCAUUUAGCUACGCAGAGAGCAUGAUAAUGAAGUUCUUCUUCCAUCAGACAUUCUCUGGGUACAACGAAAAAAAUGAAGAAAUCCAAGUAAUAACGAAAAUUGAGACAACUGCUCCGAUCUACACCAUACUGAUAUACUUUGCAAAAAAGAAAAUACCAAAUAAAGUCACAGUUGACAUAAGAAGCAUAUACAAGGAGAACUACCUGAUUCUCAGCAAGUACAGAAAGAUAAUAGAAGACGGCCUGCAGAACAGCUCGAGAUGA